CAGAGGUCCAGAAGCUGCCGCGAUGGCCGCGGCAAAUGGUGUUGCAAUGGGCGCAAUGCGUAGAUUUUCAGCCGCGCGAGCGCUGGCGCCGCGCGCAGCCACAGCACGCGCACUCGUGCCAACGUCGACGCGCUGCGUAACGUCGCGCGCGGCCGCCGCGCGCGCCGUAACGUCGCGCACAACGCACCGGUGGCGCCGCGCGCCGUGCCGGCCGCUCUCCGCGGGUCUGAAGGCCGCGGCGGACGACGAGGGCGGCGGCCUCGCCGACGAGUACAGCGGGACCAUGGACGGCUCCAGCGGCGAGCUGCACGUCGUCGAGUCCUUCGAGCUCGAGAGCGGCCGCGUGCUCCGGGACGUCGGCGUCAAGUACAAGACGUGGGGCGCGCUCAACGCGGCGCGGGACAACGUGCUCGUCGUCUGCCACGCGCUCACGGGCAGCCACGAGCUCGAGCUCUGGUGGGGCGACCUGCUCGGGCCCGGCAAAGCGUUCGACACGGACCGGUACUUUGUGGUCUGCGUGAACACGCUCGGCUCGCCCUACGGGUCCUGCUCGCCCCUGACGCCCGACGGCGACGCGGCCGACGGGUCGGCCUACGGCGCCCGCUUCCCCCACGACGCGACGAUCCGCGACGCCGUCGGCCUCCAGGCGCUCGUCCUAAAGGACGCGAUCGGCGUCGGCCGCGUCGCGUGCGCCGUCGGCGGGUCCAUGGGCGGCAUGCUCGCCCUCGAGCUCUGCUACCAGACCGACGUGCCCGUCGAGUCCGCCGUGCUCCUGGCGACGAACGGCCGCCACGGCGCGUGGCAGAUCGCCAUCUCCGCGCUCCAGCGACAGGCCGUGUUCUCGGACCCGAAGUACGCGGGCGGCGACUACGGCGACGACCCGCCGGUGCGCGGCCUCUCCGUCGCGCGGCAGAUCGCCAUGGUGUCCUACCGCACGCACAACGCCUACGAGACCAAGUUCGGCCGCGAGUCCGAGGCCGGCGCGCGCGAGGGCGGGCCGCGGCUCUUCGACGUCGAGUCCUACCUCUCCUACCAGGGCGCCAAGUUCAUCCAGCGCAGCUUCGACGCCAACUGCUACGUGGCGCUGACGCGCCUCAUGGACUCGCACGACGUCGCGCGCGGCCGGGGCAAGUACCCGCACGUGCUCCGAGACGUCGCGCAGCCGACGCUCGUGCUCGGCAUCUCGUCGGACGUCCUCUACCCGCUCCACGAGCAGCAGGAGCUCGCCAUCCACCUCGCGAACUGCCGCGGCUUCCACGCCAUCGACUCCGACGAGGGCCACGACGGCUUCCUCCUCGAGCAGGACGCGGUCACGCGCCACGUGACCGCCUUCCUCAAGGAGACGUUCCCGGAGAAGUAUGAUUAAGUACGCACCCCU